AUGUCAGACCUACCAGAAACGGCACAGGCGACAUCAACAGCAGAGAAGAUCACCACCGCCGUCGCACCUCCCUCCUCCAACCUCAAUACAACCUCACUCACCAAACUCACCGACCUCCCUCCACCGCGGUUCACCCUAACCGAAAAAGCCCUCGACGAAGCAUUCAACGAUAUCUGGGCGAACAACGCAAACGCAAUCUCUCACUGCUAUUCCAACACCGAUGCGCUCAAAGUCGAUUUCACGCGCACGGGCAAACGUAGUUUCUUGGGGAUGAUCAACGAUGCCACCAACUCGGUCUAUCGUAUGGUUCAAGGUGCGGUCACUGACUUCUUCCGUCAGACUGUUCUAGACUUUACAUAUGGCUCGAUCGGUCUAGGUGGAUUGGAGAGGUAUUAUGAUGACCUCAAUAGUAGGGAUCCUUCGGAAUCGAUAAGGUUGGCGAGGGUUAGAGCAUCUGCCAUCGAAAGCUGUCGACGAGAAGUUGUGUCCGAGACGGAGCCGCUUAUUGGUGGGUGGACACUUUGCUCUCCUCUGCAGGCGAAUACGGUGGCUGCGUUGAAGCUGGAGGAGAAGGUAGCGCUGUUGACGAACAAAGCGAUGUAUGUUUGCAGCUACGAUUUCGGGAGUGAGAAGCUCAACGAGUUCACCAAAGUCUUGGUGGGAGAUAUCGUGGGUAUUCAGCAAGGAUUGUAUGUUACUUCCCCACACGAGAGUAGUCAUCCGGAAGACAACUGGGGCUUUGUAGUGACGUAUCUCAACUCGAUCUCGAGGAGCAACACUACAGCGUCGAUCAAGAACAUCACUACAACGAAUGCAGUAGCGAGCAAUGCAGAGGAAGCGGGGAAGAAGAUCUUUGCUUUCAGAGCGAUUUCGGAUGAAGUUGGCGAGUCUGCUAUCGGACGAGGUGGAGGGUCGACGAUGCAGUCAAGACACCUGCAUCAUACAGUCAAAGGCAAUCAGGGUGGAAAGGGUGCUUCGAGUGCUGGUAACGAUGAUGACGCGGAAGGGGAGGAGGAAGGUUGUGUUUCAUCCAAGCACAAGGUUAGGAGGAUUGUAGAGCUGCUCCGCGAGUGUUGCGUCGACGCAGGAGCGUUCGAUCCCGAUAACAAGGACGAAGAGGAACCUUUCAUUACCGACAAGACGAUUCAGAGCCUGGAUGAGGCGAAAGCGAUGAUGCCGCUAUUCGGUCCGCUCAUUGAAGGUUUGAAGCGUCGACUAUGGCUUUAG